GGAUUCGAACCGCCUGCCUUCCGAUCAGCAAGCCCAAGAGGCUCAGUGGUUUAGAUCACCACCCGCUUCCUUAUAUUGUGCUGAAUACCACCAACUGGUAGCCAAGCCCCAAACCCAAAGUCUCAUUUGGCUGCAUUUUGGCUUGCCUGCUGCUGAAAGCGCCUCUCCCCAGCGCUAUUAAGUGAUGGGAUCAUUUGCUGUCAGAAGUUGCGCAGGAGCUUUCGAGGAGGCAGAAAAGCCGAGAUCCAGGAAGCGCAUCACCAAGCCGUAGGCAAUCUCGGCGCGCGGAGGCGUUGAAGGAGGAGUGCUGCUGGAAACCCAAGGGGGGUGGGCAGGAUCCUGGCUCACCCUGGAAGUCUCCGCCCGGUCACUGUAGAAGCGGGACGCUGCGCCAGACAAACUCACUCUUCCCGGCGCGGCUGCAUCCUUUUUUUCGCUCCUUCUUCUCCCGGGGCGGGCAAGCGGCUCGGCGUCUCCGCCAGGGAAUGCGCAGCAUCCCGCCCGCGUGGUCUCAUCUCUCGGGGGCGGAGGCCGAUCCCUUCGCCGGGAGGGGAGGGCCAUGAUCAAUGGGCGGAGGAGUGGGCGCGCGUGCGUGGGGUGCUCGCCUUCUCCAUGCGCGCGGCUUCCUGGUGUUGUGGAUCGGGCGCAGCAAGGAAGCUUAGCCGGCAUGCGAGGCGCAAUUGGAAACUGAGGGCUCCCCGUGUUCUUUUAUUUCCUAGCUAGCGAGGGAAGGCUCUGUGUGUGUGUGUGUGUGUGUGUGGCACGACAAGGCGAUCGCAGCACGCGGAGAGAUUUUUUAAAAUAGCGUUUCUUGCAAGCCUCCCCGAUGGCUUCCGGCGCCAGCCAGAUCCCCCAGCCCCGGACUUGCAACGGGGCUUCGGGAGCGCGUCCGGCGCGCAGCUCGUCGGAAGAAAGCGACCCGGACCUGCAGGUGAAAAUGUGCAAGAAGAUCGCGCAGCUCACGAAGGUUGCAGAUUUGGGAUUCUUCUUCAAGAUCAUGCAUCUUCCUCAGCUGCCUGCACUCUCUAAUGUGAUCUAUGCCUUGAACACGAAAAAUGAUGAGCAUGAGGCCAGCAUCCAAGCUCUCAAAGAGGCCCACCAAGAAGAGAUUCAGCACAUCCUUGAUGAGACAAGGGAAACUGUCCUCCAGUACAAAAGCAAAGUGGAGGAGGCAGAGAAGCUCCAGAAGCACAUCCAGACCCUUGAAGAAACUUUGGAAAAACACAGGAGGCUGAAAGAGGUGGUACCUUCAGAAUUUACCAUGUGCAAAAGGCAGGUCGGAGAGAGGGGGCCACAAAGAGAGAUCAAUCUAGCAGAUGAGAAGGUUGCCCUCUCCAAGCAGGUGGCACCCACGAAGCUCAGCUUCGAAAAUGGAAUCCAGUCUUCAAGUGAGGAAUCGAAUGAGCUUGUCAACAAACACCGGGCAUUUACAGGAGACAUGCUGGAUUGCAAGGAGGAGUUAAGCGAAAAGGCCAGUGUGGAAACAGAGGCAGCCCACCUCAAGUGGGAGAACCAGAAACUCGCCAGUGAAUUUGCCGAGAAAGUCAGGCAGCUCCAAGCCUCUCACGAGAGGGAGAAAGAAACUUGGAGAAAGACCAUGCAGCAGUCCCUGGCUGAUUCAUACAGAGAAUGGCAGCAAAGGGAACUGGAGCAGAGGAAAAAUUACGAAGCCCGAGAAGCUGCCCUCCAGCAGCAGGUGAGGAAGCUGGAGGCUGACCUGGUGGCAAAAGGCCAGCGAAUCUGUGAAAUGAAUAAGUGUUGCCAGAAGCACAAGGAGAAGAUGCAGGACCUGGAAAUUCGGCUCAAGGAGGCUCAUCAAACGACUAAGGAGUCAAAAAGUCUCACCAAAGCACUGGAGGAGGAGCUGAUUAUUGCCAAAGAGAGGCUUCUGUUGCAAGAAAAUGAAAUACUGCAUAAAACAGAAGCAAUGGAAACCGUGCAGAACUCCCAAAGCAAGACCAGGAGCGAAGCGGAUGAACUAAAGAACCAGACCUUACCCCUUCAGCAAGCAGCGUCCACCAAACAGAGCCAAGGCAAGCAAGACGGUGGCGGCGUUCAGUAUACAAAUUUGAUAAAUAAGGAGGUUCAGAUACAGAUAGAGGAAUUAAAAAAGAAAUAUGAGAAUGAUAUAAGACAGCUACAAAAGGAAAAAGAAGCAAUAAAUGGAAAGCUAGAAGACUGUUCUCUGGAGGUUUUAAGGCUAGAGAAUUUCAUCAGGCAAAACCGAGACACCCCCAAAUAUGCAGAAUUUCUUAAAUCUCAUGCCAGAAAAACCCAAGAGCGGCAACAGGAGUCCCAGGACGCAUCUGUGAAACAGAAAGACAUCUCCAAACAGCAUAAAGAGAGAGCAAAAGGCAGGGAACAGCCAGCAGCUCCUGGUGCCAAAAAUGAAGAGAAGCCAAGGUUGGACUCUGGAGGUGCACCAAAAACAGAAGUCAGGCAUUCCCUUGCCGGUUUCCAGAAGGAGAAAGCCAAAGAAAUGCAAGCUUUGCAAGAGGAAUGGUACUACCAAAAGACAGAAUUGCAAGCUCAAGUUGCACAGCUGAAGCAAGCUUUAGAGCAGCAAGCAAAUGCUUUCAGGGAAGCCCUUGAAGAACAGGAGCUACUGUCCAGUAAGGAGAGAGAAAAGCUUCUGCAAGAUCUUCAGGACACCAUUAAGCAAAGCCAAGAUAUUAAAAUGCAGCUGGAGGUGUCUCACCAAAGAGCCAUAAAUCUCCUGGAGAAAAGCAAAAAUCAAGAGCUGGAGGAAGCAGAGGAGUCCUGGAAGCAGAAAUAUAAUGACGGCUUCAAUAUCCAACAGCAGUCGCACAGCCUAGAAAUGCAGGCAUUGGAAGAGAAGGCAAGAGAAGAGUUGGAGAGCAAACUUGAGAGGAUACAGAAGCCACAGUCACUGCUGAUAGAAUCUCUGAGAAGAGAGCUGUCUGAGCAACAGAUAAAAAAUAAAGAAAAGGACGAACUCCAAGAGGAACUAAAGGCUAUGAUGACUGCGAAGAGGCAGCAGGAAGAAAAUUGCCAGAAUCAGAUGAAGUCUCUUAAAGAGGAACUGGAAAAAUGUCGGCAUGAAAAUUCUGGGCUCAAAAAGGAGAAUGUCCUCCUUAAGGACACAAUGGAGCUGCUGACUGUAGAUGUGGAACUACAGAAACAAACAUCUGCACAGCUUCAAGACAAGGAGAGCCAGCAGAGAAGGUUAUUGGAAGAGGACCUUAAAAUCAAACAUAAAAGGGAAAUGGACGCCUUGAAACAAGAACACCACCAGGAGAUUCAAAGCAUGAUGUCUGAUUUCAGCAGUUCACAAGGCCUCCUUCAUGAGAAGAUUGUCUCCUUGGAAAAUGAACUUAAAGAAUUAGAAGAGAGGGAGCGAAAGAGGGAACCUAGGCUAGAAGACCUACAUCUUAUAGGCUGCCUGCGGGAUAAAUUACAUGAAAAAGAAGACAUGAUCAAGGAAUUAAUGGAUGGAAGCAAACUUCAACAUUCACUUUUGCCCAGUACAGAACCAUAUCGCAACCGGUCCUUUUCUUUUAACACAAACCCUACUACGUGUUUGACUCCUAUUGCAAAGCAGCAGAAGAAAAUGAAUGAAGCUCCCAGCCGCAUUGUCAGCGUUCCGAAUUUAGCUUCCUAUGCGAAAAGCUUUCUGAGUGGUGACUUGAGGCCUAAGAGAAAUCCACCUCAGAUUACAAAAUCUACAAGUUUGGAUCAGAAUCCUGGCUGUGUCAGAGUGUGCUAUCCAUCAGUACAAGCCUUGGAGACCAAGCCAGCCCCAAGGCUGCAAAGUAAUGAAACAUCAGAACCCAAAGAUGCUCAGAAACCGGACCCUCGCCAUCAGGAGUGGUUUACAAAAUACUUCUCUUUCUGAGAGAAACUACUUAUAGAAUAUCCUACACUGAUAGUACUGUUGAUGUUAAAUAUUUAUAUAGUGCUUUGCAGAAUAAGAUAAGCAAGGUAACACAAGGACCAUAAACUCUGAGGUUUGUUAAGUGAGAGAACCAUUACAUUUGAUUUGACACAGCAGGAAAUUAACAUGAUUUUUAAAAAAAAACAUAUGGUUGAAACAUUACCAUAAAUAAAUAAGUACUUUUUAUAUGGAUGACCAAUCUUCAUGUAUAUACAGUGGUACCUCGGUUUAUGAACACAAUUGGUUCCGGAAGUCUGUUCAUAAACUGAAGCGUUCAUAAACUGAAGCGAACUUUCCCAUUGAAAGUAAUGGAAAGUGGAUUAGUCUGUUCCAGACGGUCCACGGAGUACUUAAACUGAAGCGUUCAUAAACUGAAGCGAACUUUCCCAUUGAAAGUAAUGGAAAGUGGAUUAAUCCAUUCCAGACGGGUCCACGGAGUACUCAACCUGAAGCGUACUUAACCCGAAGCAUGGGUGUAAUUGGUUCCAGAAGUCUGUUCAUAAACUGAAGCGAACUUUCCCAUUGAAAGUAAUGGAAAGUGAAUUAAUCCGUUCCAGAUGGGUCCGCGGUGUUCGUAAACCGAAAAUUCAUAAACCGAGGUGUUCAUAAACCGAGGUUCCACUGUACUAUUUUAUUUAUGUUAAUUUAAGACCCCUCUUAAUAUUUUAUUUCUAAUCAGCUUCAGUUCAAUAGGAUUACCAGAGCAGUUUAUAAAAGAAUUACACUAAAACACUUAGGUAGCACAGUAAACAAAGAGAGCAACGUAGGACAAAAAGUUUAAUUAUAUGUAUUUGCUUUUGUACCAAAUGCACGGUGAAAGAGAAAAGUGUGCUUUUGGUGACAGCAGACUUCAGUUUCUAGCCUGAUGGGGUUGGUUUUUUUAGCUCCAUAUUCAUUCCAGUCUGAAAUAGCAGGGGUAUCCUAUUCCAAAGAAUGUUCUUCUGCUCCGUUAAGAAUUGAGGACAGUGCCACAAAUGCAGCGUAGCCUACCAGGGUCACGACGCUGGAAACUUAAUGUUACCCUACUUCAUACCUCAAAGAGACAGAAGCCCUAUCCCAGCGGUGUAGCUAGCCGCUCGGGGGCCCAGGAGGCGGCGGGGAGACAAAAGCCAAGCCCCACACUGCCAUUUCGAGCAGCUUGGAGCCUGCAGGUGCCCAAGCCCACCGCUUCAUUCCUAGGAAAGAUGUGUGGCUCCGACACACUGCAGGCCAGGCCCCCGCGGUAAGUGUCCCCCCCCCCCAGCUACACCUCUGUAUUAUCCCUUUUACAAUGUAGUCAACUGGCUACGGCAGUUAUUUAUUUAAAAGAACCACCAGACUCUUGGUAAUGAGGCACUUCUUUCAGGCAUUACUGCCUACGCGCAUCAAUCUGUCAGAGGCCUAAAUAUUAAAUCCAUUUGAAAAGAAACACCUUGAUUUCGCACAAACGGUGCUUGAAUAUUGCUGUGUCUAUUAAGUCAAGGUCAGCAAGCCCCCAUAUGGAAAAAGCUUGUGCUCCUCAUUUUAUAUGCUUGCUUUAAUUUUUUUUAAAAAACGAUUGUCUUCUACCCACCCUGAUACCAUGUAAUAAACUGCUUCUGAAAACAUCUUUGUGCCUAAAGCAGUUUGCCAGAAAGCUGAGCAACACAAGUAUCUGUAUCAUAAGAAUGUAUGAAGGUUCCAGUUGGAUCAGGCCAAAGGCCCACCCACCAACAGCUUUAUGGUUCUUUGGAUGCCAAUAUUUCCUGGUGCAUCUGUGCCCCGUACUGAAAGAUUACAAAACAUGUUUUUAUUCGGUUAGGAAAUAGUGUCCUUCUAUUGUCUUUACCUUAACAUCAAAUCAAGCUAACUUCAGAACAUCUGCAUUAUUUGGAUUGUCACAUUUAAAUACAUAUACCAUAAAAGCCAAGUGUUAGUGUUCAAACUGUUCAGUUUUGAAGAAGCAAAUUCAAGAACACCUAUAAUUUCAGCCAGCAAUGUCAAUAUACUAUGUCAGAUUACCAAACCCAUUUGGAACCAGAAUCUUUAGG